AUGUCAGAUGAUUCACUGGUGAAUCGACUGUCUGCAGAAACUCGUGCAAAGCUUCGUUCAACCCAAUUUCUCACAUCACUUCCACACAUUGUCUCCGAGUUACUGCAAAAUUCAAUUGACUCCGGGGCUUCGCACAUUGAUGUUGGCGUGGACUGUGAAGACUGGUCCUGCUGGGUCCGAGAUGAUGGUUCGGGCUUCGCGAAGGAUGGCCUAGCUCAAAUCGCGAAAGGUUCUGAGGAUGGGCGAUAUAUGAGCUCAAAAGCAUACUCCGCUGCCUCUUUGGAGAGUGUCUCCACAUUCGGUUUCCGUGGUGAGGCUUUGGCUUCAAUGGCAGAUCUGUGUUGCCUCGAGAUCUCAUCGCGAACAGCAAGGUCACGCGAGAGCUGGUCCAUUAUUAUGAAGGGUGGUCAAACUCUGUAUACCGGGCCCUCUGUACGUUGGCGCAGAGAAUCUGCCGGGACGGCCGUUAGCGUCCGGGACGCGUUUUUCAACCGUCCGAUCCGCCGCCUGUCUCAUCCUUCCUCCAGCAAAACACUUGAGAUAAUCCGGCAAGAAAUUGAAUCGUACGCACUAGUUUUCCCGGGCAUAUCAUUCUCCCUUGAGAAUACAAGCCAAUCCAACAAGGGUGGAGGCAACCUUCAUUCCUGCAUUCUUAAAAUCCCAAAGACUCGUUCCACCCUAACUACCUUUCGUCACAUAUAUGGCCGCGCGUUUACUCAGCACGUCGAAGAAAUAGAUAGCGUAUCUGGCGAUGUGAGAAUAGAGGGGUUCGUAUCGUUGGUGGGCGUUUAUACGAAGGCAUAUCAAUUCCUGUAUAUCAACAAGCAUCCGGUGUCGUAUUGCGAUCUUCACAAAUUAAUUGACCUUCGGUUUUCCUCGAGUUCCUUCCCGAAACAUGUGCGAAUAAGAUUUAUGUCGGUCCUACGAUUAUUAAAUUACUGUGGCCGCCGUCCCCCCCGCAAGGGCGAGAAAAAACCUAUAUACGUUCUUAACUUGGCCAUUCCCGCGCGACAUAUUGACAAUUGUGUUGAGCCGGCCAAGACGGCUGUUCAGCUCGGUAACAAAAACAUUGUGGCGUAUCUUCUUUCUUCCGUAAUCCAGUCUUUCCUAGCACGUCACCACUUUGCGCCUAGAUAUGUGGAUGAAAACGAGGGUACUCCCCGGAAGAAACGAAAAUUAUCGAGACAAGCUUCACUUACGGAACUCAACAUAUCACGCCCAUCAACCCCCGACUCUUGCAUACGUGACGGGAACGAACCACCGGAAUUACUCGUCCCUCAAAUGGAACCUUCGAAAGAGGCUAUGGAACCUUCGAACGGGACGAUCUGGACUGAUCCUUCUACUGGGGAAACGUUCAUCAUUGACUUACGGACCGGAAAUUCCUAUCCUCAGAACGUCCCUUGCGGUGUGAGUGCAAAUGGACCAGUGAGAAUUAGGUCAAUGGGAAAUACAACCCGAGAUUCCCCCUCAAUGAUUGAGAACAUGACCACGGGUCAGGGCGACGUUAUCUCGGCAAAAGACGAGGCCCCCAAUUGGCUGCAGGAAGCUCUACACGCGAAUGAUGCCUAUACGAUCAAAGAACCGAAAAUACCCGCAUUACCACUAUCUCUUAACCACAAUGGAAAUGAUGGCGGUUAUCCGGAUCAUCUCCGUCCGUGCAGCACCCAACCAAGCAAGUGUUCUAACCCCAACCAACAUUGCCAAUAUUUUACGUCCGACUUUGCCUCAUCCUACCUACGCUUUCGGAAGGAAGACUUGCAGGCCAUGCGUGUCAUUAGUCAAGUGGACCGGAAGUUCGUCGUUUGUCUCAUUGGUGCUGAUAGCUGGCCGCCUACAGAGGCAGGUGAAGAGUUGGGUGAAGGGAGCACUCGUCACGGAGGUGGUAAGACACUCGUUUUAGUUGACCAACAUGCUGCGGAUGAGCGAGUGCGAGUGGAGCGUUUCCUGCAAGAGAUAUGCAAUGGCUUCCUCAGCUACCACGAUAAGAGUGGUGGCGUUGAGACGAUCCAGCUGUCACCGCCCGUUCCUGUUUUGCUCACGCAUCGCGAGGCUUCCCGAUUAUCAGAGGUUCUGGCUUAUCAAAAAGCAUUCGCGUCGUGGGGUGUUCGCUUCCAUGGUUUGCAGGAACUCACGAAGAACGAGGCUGCAAUAGACAGCGGCGAACAUGCUGCCUAUAUACAGGUGUUCGUAACUGCCAUCCCCAAAGUCGUAUCAAACAAGUUACUGUCUGGUAACGAAUUGCAAGAACUCAUCAAGGGUUACCUUGGCACGUUGGAGAACGAGCUGGGUAGUUUUGACACUCCUGCGCCACCCCGUUCCGGUGUCUGUGAGACAGAGACGCGUUGGGUUAAGGCCCUGAGAUGGUGUCCGAGGGUUCUACUCGACCUGAUUAACUCCAAAGCAUGCAGAGGCGCUAUCAUGUUCAAUGACCCGUUGACACUGGAACAAUGCCAACGGCUCAUUAAGCAGCUCUCGGCCACCGCAUUUCCAUUUCAGUGCGCUCACGGCAGGCCAUCCCUUGUGCCCCUGACACCCCUAGCCUUCCAAGAGGAAAGCUCUAGAUCAUUGCCUGUGGCCUGGGAGACGGUAUCCGCGCUAUGA